AUGUUUGGGCCACAUAGGAGUCAUCCAGUGCUGCUGCAGGGAGAGACAUCUGUCGGUAAGACCAGCCUCAUCUGCUGGCUGGCUGCAGCCACCGGAAACCAGUGUGUGAGGAUCAACAACCACGAACACACUGACAUCCAGGAGUACAUCGGCUGCUACUCGUCUGACGAUCGAGGCAAACUGGUGUUUAAAGAAGGUGUUCUGAUCGAUGCCAUGAGGAAAGGCUACUGGAUCAUUCUGGAUGAGCUGAACCUCGCCCCCACUGAUGUCCUGGAAGCUCUCAAUCGGCUGCUAGAUGACAACAGGGAGCUGUUUGUGACUGAGACCCAGGAGGUCAUCAAGGCUCAUCCCAGAUUUAUGUUGUUCGCAACCCAGAAUCCUCCUGGUCUUUACGGUGGCAGAAAGGUUCUCUCCAGAGCUUUUAGGAACCGCUUUGUGGAGCUCCACUUUGAUGAGCUGCCCAGUGACGAGCUGGAGACCAUUCUUCAUCAGAGGUGCAACUUACCUCCAUCUUACUGCACCAAGCUGGUCAAAGUCAUGCUAGACCUUCAGUCAUUACGCAAAGGAUCGUCUGUGUUUGCGGGCAAGCAUGGCUUCAUCACAUUAAGAGAUCUGUUCCGCUGGGCAGAGCGCUACAGGCUGGAGGAGCAGACAAAGGCCUCUCAAGACUGGCUGCAGCAUUUAGCAGAUGAUGGGUACAUGCUGCUGGCAGGACGUGUGAGAAAGCCUGAAGAAGAGGCCACCAUCCUGACCAUCCUGGAGAAGCACUUCAAGAGAACAGUGAACCCCGAAGAACUGUUCUCUCAAGAACAAGUCACCACCCAGUUCAGUCCACUGACACACAUGGUCUCCAGAGUACCAGAAGAGUUCCACCAUGUGAUCUGGACUCGUGGCAUGAGGAGGCUGGCUGUGCUGUUGGGCCGGGCUCUGCGGUUUGGCGAGUCUGUCCUGCUUGUAGGAGACACUGGAUGUGGAAAAACCACUGUAUGUCAGCUUUUUGCUUCCCUUGCUGGGAAGAAGUUCUUCUCGGUCAACUGUCACAUGCACAUGGAGACAUCUGACUUCCUGGGAGGCCUGAGACCCGUCAGACACACACGCCAGACUGAUGGGGACGAUGCCAAGCUGUUUGAGUGGCAUGAUGGACCACUGGUGCUGGCCAUGAAAGAAGGAGGAGUGUUCCUCAUGGAUGAGAUCUCCCUGGCAGACGACUCGGUGCUGGAGAGGCUCAACAGUGUGCUUGAGACAGAAAAGUCCCUGGUGCUGGCUGAGAAGGGGAGCGGAGACGACGAUGACGUGGAGCUGAUCAGAGCAGACGCAGGUUUCCGUCUUGUUGCUACCAUGAACCCUGGAGGAGACUUCGGCAAGAAGGAGCUCUCUCCUGCUCUCAGGAACCGCUUCACAGAGAUCUGGUGUCCUCAGUCCAACAGACGCAGUGACCUGGUCCACAUCAUCCAACAUAACCUUCGCCCCGGCCUCUCACUGGAAGGGGGCGACAUCGCGGAGCUGAUGCUGGACUUCAUCGGGUGGCUGACCCAGCAAGACUUCGGUCGUCGCUGCAUUCUGAGCGUCAGAGAUAUCCUGUCCUGGGUUAACUUCCUCAAUGCUGUGAGCCAGCCGGACAGCAGCAGCUCCAUGAAUGUGGAGGCUGUGGAGGAAGAAGAGGAAACAAAUGGUCUGGACACCAUUACAGCGUUUGUCCACGCUGCAUGUUUGGUGUACAUAGAUGGCAUUGGCUCAGGAACCACAGCGUCGUGUGAAGAUGAUGCUCUCUCAGCUCGGCAGAUGUGCCUGGGCUUCCUGCAGCAGAGGUUGAGGAAGAUGACCAGGCUGGAUCAGGAGGUGAUGGACAACCUGAGACUCUACGACAGCAGCUUGCUGCGAGAACCCCGGUGGGGAGAAGACUUCUUUGGUAUCGAGCCCUUCUACCUGAACCUGGCCUCUCAGUCGGUCUUAGAGGGCCUGAACGCCUGCUUUGACCACAGAGCCGAGAUCUACGUUCCUGAACUGGGCAUGAGUUUUCACGUUCAGCAUGAGAAGACCAAGAUCUUUGGCUGUCAGAACCCGUUCACUCAAGGGGGUGGGCGUAAAGGAUUACCCAAAUCUUUCCUCAACAGAUUUACUCAGGUUUUUGUGGAUCAGCUCACCAGCAACGACUUGGAGUUCAUAGUUGAUUCAAUGUUUCCCAGCAUUGACAAGGAAAUCCUCACAAAAAUGGUGGCAUUCAGUAACAGACUGAUUCAGGAGGUGUGCGUGGAGAGGCACUGA